AGAGUAAGUGGUACACAAAUCCGGGAGUGUACAAGUUUAAUGUCGGAGCCCUUCGGGCCACCCAAAACUGUCUAUGAGACAAUAUAUUCCAAAAGACUCCGUGAGCGCAUAAACUCCUCAAAACUAACGACAAAUGUGGUGAAAGUCACGAGAAACCGAACAACAGAAAGCUCUCCCAAGGCUCCGAAAACUACCAGACUGCAACACCCCUACAAAACAGUGAGUACCCAAGGGAUACAAACUAACAAACCUAACCUGGGAUCAACUGACCAACCCAGAGGUGAAUCCACGCAAAAAAUUUUUACAAAAAAAAGUACGGAGAAUGGACUUAGUCAGAUGGUGAAAAAAGAAAGUUUGGAGAAAGCUGAUGUGCCCACGCUGCACAACCCAAACAGCAAAGUCAAUGAAAGUACAGAGAACAGACUUAGUACAAAAAUCUACACAGAACCGACCCAAGAAAGUUUGGAGAAAACUGAUAUAAUAAAAUCCAAUACACCAGCCGCAAACUGUGAAAGUACGGAGAAAGGACUUAGCACAAAAAUAGUCACCGAGCCGGACCAAGAAAGUUCGGAGAAAACUGUUGUAAUAAAACCCAAAACAUCAGCCGCAAACUGGGAAAGUACGGAGAAAGGACUUAGCACAAAAAUAGACACCGAGCCGGACCAAGAAAGUUCGGAGAAAACUGUUGUAAUAAAAUCCAACACAUCAGCCGCAAACUUGGAAAGUACGGAGAACGGACUUAACAUACAAAUUGGCACCGAGCUGACCCAGGAAAGUACGGAGAAAACUGUUGUACCAGAAUACAACUCAACCGCGGCAAGUCAAGAAAGUUUGGAGAACUCUGAUGCACAAAAAUCUAAAAGCGACAAGCCAGGCAGAAAAAGCUUGGAGAAUAUAUAUUCAGGUGCCUACAGCGACAGCACAGAAUUGCAGGAUAGCCCAAGGAGUACAGACGGAUUCGACUCGAGCGAAUCAUCUCAAAGCAGUCUAGAAAAGAGCGAUAUCAUAAGAGCAGAUUCCAACGAAAGCUUGGAGAAUCUGAUCAACGACCUAGAGGGCAACAACGAAGAGUACUAUAGUCCUGAAAAUUUAAAUGGGACCGUUUUAGAAAUGGACCUUGACGAAUCCGAGGACGAAACCAAAAAAUUCAAAAAAAAUAAUCCAACUUUUCUGGAGAAAAAAAAGUAUGUAGAAAGAGAAGAAAAAUUCGAAUCCGCAUACAAAACUCUUCCUCUACCAAAAAACGUUAGGAUCAAGAAACUAGACUUUGGACUGGAUUCACCCCGGUCAGAUGGCAGCACCCUCACCCCAGGAACCACCCCUACAAGUGGGGAUGAUAACUGCCCAAACUCCAAAAACUCAGGUGCAAUAGGUCCAACAGAAACACAAACCAACAACAUAACACGGAAUAACACGAACAAUGUCACUGUGGAGACAAACCGGGUCGAGGGUGGAUCGAGUAGCUCUCGAUUCGGCUUUGUACCCGCAGUAGCAGAGUUUGAUGUUAACAACCCAGCCUAUAAAGGAAUAUACAACUUACCUAAUAAAAACACAGGAACCGUACCAAAAAUGUACAAUAUCCCGAAAAGUAUACUAGCAGAAAAUAAUGCUUCAAACACUAAAACCACCCAAAAAAAGGCAUCCACAACCCCCAAAACCAAAAAUCACAUGCCACCAAUCAUAAUUGACGGGAAGACCAUGAGCCAAAACUCCCUAAUAACGGACAUUAAACGUAUAGUAACGGGAAAAUUCAGCAUAAAGCAUACUAACACGUCGACGAUCCUCUUUCUAGAAGAGAAAGAGGACCACGAAAAGAUGGUAAAGAGCAUCAGAACUGAAAAACUCCCAUACCAUACCUAUUCUAAUAGGGAUGAAAAGACGCACGCCUUCGUCUUAAGGGGGUUAGCCGACGGCACAAAAAUUGAGGACAUAGAUGAAGACUUAACUGAAGAAUACGACAUUAAAGCAAGAUCCAUCUAUCGUAUGAAUACGAAAAACCGGCCGUUGUUCCUAGUCAUAACCGACCCCUCCCUGACACUGGACUAUCUAAACAAAAAUGCACGCAGAGUGCUCUACACCAGAGUUGUCUGGGAAUUGCGAAACAAUAUUUCUACGGAAUUAAUUGAUAAAAUUAUUGAAAAUAGUAAACCAACCAACACGGUAAAAACCGAAUCAUUCGUUUCGCGACAAUUUGAAAAGUUUUGUGAUGACCGCAGUUAUCAGUUAACUGAAAAUACUUCUAAUGAAGAACUUUGCAACAUUCUUAAAGAUUGGGCAAUCAACAUGAGAAAAGCCGACGGCACCGACUACAAGGAAGGUGUAGUGAAAACUAUUUGGAAUCUUACUGCCAAAAGAGUGCAGCAGAAAUACUUCAAAGAGUUUAAUCGCACCAUCGAUCCAUUUAAAGAUAUUGUUUUUCGCACUGCGAUGGAAUAUAUUCCAGCAACCAAAACCCUAAGAGAAGAUAGAGAAAUAAGUGAUACUAUGAGCGGUAAUGUAAUCAAAAAUAUAAAUGAAGCAAAUGUAAGUCAAAUUAGUUCUAUUAAUAGUUAUUUUAUUGCAAAUUCAACAAAUUCAACUAGCAAAGACGGAACCAAUGUUACUGAUAAAAUCUCAGAAAUCAAUGGUGAUAAACCAAUUAAUUCUCCUUCAAUCAACAAGAGAGAAAUAUACUUAUUCAGUCCAACUGAUUCAGGUCCGUAUUCUGUUUAUAUUGAAAACAAUUCAGAAAAUUUUGUAGGACAACUAAGACCUAUGAAAAUAGGAGAGAUUAUUUACAACGCUCAUCCAGAUCUCGACAACCAUAUUAAAAAUAUCGACUCAGUUGGACGUAAUAGAAUUAGAGUUAAAUGCAAAGAUUAUAAAACAGCCAAUUCGUUAAUAAAUUCUAAUCAAUUAAAAAAUUAUAUUUUAAAUGUUUAUAUUCCCCGAUUUAUGCUCCACCGGCGAGGUAUUAUUAAAUAUGUCGAUCUAGAAUACUCAGAUGAAUAUUUAAAACACAACAUAAGGGAACACGACAUGCACUGCAAAUUCAGUGUUGAUUCUGCUAAACGGUUUUCUAGAAAAAUAACAGAAAAUAAUGCCACAAAAUUUGUCCCCACUCAGACUGUCUUAGUUACCUUUAAGUCACAAACUCUGCCAAAGUAUUUAGAAAUUAAUCAUGUUAUAUUUGAAGUAGUUCCAUAUGUCGAAAAGGUGUACCUAGCUCUCAAUGAAAAAGUAGACCAAGUUGCCGUAUCAGACACCAGUAUCCCAUUGCUCGAAGAAAUCCCUACAACCGAUUUUAAAACAGUAAUAAAAAAAUAUACAAAAACUAUAUGGCACCAACAGUGGGAUCAAAAAGUGUCCAAACUUAAAGAAAUCCAGUCAGAAGCAACAAUGAAACUAUAUCUACCUUACAAGCAAAGAUACCAAGUGGUGAUAACCGACUGCGAAUGGGCUACUCCUUUAACACACUAA